AGGGGGGAGGAGGAAGGAGGACGUAAUUCCACAUAUAAUGAUUUUUCUUCCCAAGGUCAAAUUAACCCUGUCGGUGGUGUUCGUGCAUUUGAGUGCAAUUCCCGUUGAAAGAAUUGAGUGUUACACAAAAAGGAUUCUCCUGAAGGUAGCCAUGCAGUGUCAAUAAUUUCGAAAUUGGCAGACUCUGAUAAUGAGUUGAAAGAGAUGAAAUUUUCGGCGCCGACGGAACAGUGCCGGGAUCCAUCUUUAGUCACUGUAGCUCCCUUAAAAAUGUUUAUCAGAUUAUAUGAAAAUAGUUCCGAUCUCUCAAUUCCCAGAUAUUUAAACGGUCUAGAUGGAUCUUCAUUUGUUUUCGUGUUUCUCGAUCCAGUGGUUUCAUUCAAAAGCAGCCUAGAUCACAGCAUCCCUAAAAUAUUGUUCAUUUGGCGUUGCAUUCCCCCCCGUCUCCGUCCUCACCCCGCUGUUGUUUCACAAGCAUCUUUUUUUCAGCACGUCAGCUUAGUUAAAAAAAUCUGUUGGCUCACGACACACUUAACAGCAGCUGCGUGCUAGCUAAUUUUAAAAUCAAAGUAACUGGAAGAUGAAGGCGACACCACGCAAGCUUUUCUUUCUUGUGCAGUUUCUCUUGCCUUACUUCAGUCGAACAGAAUUCUGUUACGAAUCACAUGGCUCGAUCCUGUAUAACCUAGUUUUGAUCGGCCACGCUUACAAAUCCUUUUUAACCCGCGGGAUUCUCAAUUGCGGGCAAAGGUGUUUGGCGGAUACCCGGUGUACAUCGUAUAACUAUCAGACUUCAGCUAUCAAAAAUGGCGUAUGUGAGCUGAAUGAAAACCGCGUUGAGAGAAGGGAACUCUUUGAGGAGAAGCCAGGCUUUGCCUUUGUUCGCAUGAGACGCAAAACGAAAACGAGAAGUUGUCUGGAGGCCUGGAAACAGGGAACUCGUGCAUCAGGGCUCUACUUCAUGCAAGGGAGAUCGGAGUGUCUCUUGUACGAAAUGUUCUGCGACUUCAGCUCGGAACCCGGCUGGGCCUGGACUCUAGUCAUGUCCCAAAGCUUGGAGAGGAGAAGUGAACCUUUCGCAAAGGGUUCGUUUCCAGCGGGAGGAUCUAAGAAACAGCGCAACCCGAACUGGGAGGGAUACAGAAUCGGAGGGAGUCGAAUGAGGAUUGUAAAAGCGCAGUCGAGCCACUGGCGAAUCACUUGUGAUUUUCCAACCUACGGAGUUGACCACAGGGACUAUGUAGUUUCGAGAGAGUCGCUUCGGUUGUCCACGCAUCCCCCGAGUAACAUCCUCGGAUGA